AAACAACUAUAAAAUAGGUUAACAGUAGUAAUGAAGUGCCUUUAGCCCUUAUGUUGUUGAGGAGUAUUUGUGUAAAAUGAUUCUUCCUAAAAUGACUGAGAAAAAAUCUGAUGGGAUGUGGAAAUAGGUUUUAUCUGUCAAAGUGAAGCUAUAUCUAUUUACCACCUAUUUUCUGUGCCAAAAUGGUCCCAGGCUCAAUCUUCUAACCUCUGUUAAUUCCAUCUAGUCCCAUCAGAGGGCUUCUUUCUUCAUUUUGCUUUGGUUUGUAGGUGAAUAUGGAAAGUACCAGAGUAAUUUUCACUCUGCUUUCUGUUCACAUCACCUGCGUGACAAGAGCAGCAAAUAAUUGUAGAAGAGCUUUCCAAAGUGUCGGCUCAAAUAGGCGUUUACGCAGAUGAGGAUGGUUAAUGUUGAAAUCAAAGCAGCUGAUAGUUGUGUAUCUUUUUGAGUAGUAACUAGAGGUUCACCUAGAACAAAAGGUAAUAAAUUAUGUCUUGCAUAUUUUUUCUGAGAUUAGCUGAAGUCCCAGUCUUUCUACAAGCUCUGGAUCAGAGAAAUUUUCUUCCGUUCCAAAACAUUCCCUGACAUUCCAUUAGUGUAGUUCUUAUUAAGUACCAUUUUUAGUCCUGAAUUUGUUCACCUCUUGUCCAUGCAAACCAGAUCAAUUUUGCUUCUCACCCAAAUAUACUGUUUUAUUAGUAGGUAACAUGAACUUAAAUAGUCAUUAUUGACCGGUAGAUUAAUGCUGAUCUGCUUUUAUCUGUUGUUUAAUAAAUGAUGGGCAUAUCUUGCUAGAGUCUUCUCAGAAAUGAUUGGAGUUAUGAAUAUGCAUCCAAAGAGCAUACUUUUUCACUUUGCUUUUUAUGAAGCUAUGUUCUUUUAGAGAAAGUUUAUGUUCCAUACGAAUUGGGAUUCUCAUUAACACAGCAGAAUGAUUUUUAGAGCUCUGAAUGUGUCUUUCUUGCACAGGUACUAUAAACAUCAGGUGUUUUCUUGAUUUGCUUAGACGUGAAUAUAUCAGCAGCUGGUGUAAGCUUGAGUUCACCCUCAGGUCCCCAUCUACCAGCGAUUUGUACUGCUGUUCGAGCUCUGAUAGCAUUCUUGUUAACUGCAAAAUAGGCUUUGAUGAAUUUUUAUUGCCUCCGUUCUUGCUCUUCUGUACCCAGGAUGUUAUGGGAAUAUGUUGCUGUAGGCACUUAUUUCAGGAAAACCACCAGAAGAAUUCCACAGUUCUUCCUCUGAAUUUUUCCAGUUUUGCUUUCUCUGCUCGUACUAGCUGCAUUGUUUAGUCAUUUAUGUAAUCCCCUGCAUGGUGCUUGCAUUCACCUGGUAGAAUUAAUGACUGCUGUACCAGCAAGACUUUGAAGUACUCAGCUUUAGAGUACACUGUGUUCUGCACACAUAGCAGUUUGUGAUGGAUGGCUCUCUCAAUCACAGCUAGAAAAACACGCUGCUAAUGUAAUUUUUGUAGAGAAUAAGCAUGAGUUUUAUGCCAAAUCUAUUCAAUGCAGGCAGGGUUAAGCAUGGAAAACCAAAAUACUACAUAGAGUGACAAAAAGCAGCAAAGAAGGGCUUAGCACUUACUGUUGGGAGUCUUAGAGGUGCCUGUUGUUACUCCUGAUGUUAGUAUUUGUGAUUCAGCUCUUCAGUGUGCUCUAAGAGUGAAAAAAGAGAAGAAAAAAGAGAAAAGGGAACUUGACCUUGACCUCAGGAGUGUGGCUUGACCUCAUUGCUACUGGAAGAAUCAUGGAACUGCUUUUCCUGAUGCCGUAAAUACCUUCCUUAUAUCCAAAGAAAGCUUUAGCAGCAAAAUUGCAUGACACAUGACAGAAGGGGGCUUAGCCCCGUAAAUGCAACACAUAAUUUUUCUUUUGGGGAAAAAAUGGGGCACAGGCUUCCUGGUAGUCAGGUGGAAUUUGCCUUCACUUGAUUAUAAUCAGCUUUGUUCUUUUGUUGAUGUCACCUCAACCAUACACUGUUGCUAUCUGCCACUUACUGUCAUAAAGCUCAGCAGGGAAAAUAAACUGAGGCCACAGUUGCAUCUGGCAGUGUCUUGGCAAGAUUUGGCUGGUCAUUUGAAGUGUUCUUUUUUUCUGUGAGUAGGAUAUGAAGUCAGAACUAUGUUUUGUAUAUAGGGAUCAUUAUUUUUAGAACAGCAGCAGGUCUUAGCCUCUGCAUGUAAUCCGCUCAGACAGAGCCACAUGAGGCAUCAAGGUUUGCGUGAGGUAUCUGUGGAGCUCAGUCAUUGAUGUUGAGUGUAAUUUGAGUUGUGGAAGCAUGGAUGCUCAAAGCACUGAAUUGUGUGAUAAUUUUAAGUUCAGUGCCUCAUGAUGUCCCUGCCUGUGGCAGCGGGGUUGGAACUAGGUGAUCUUUAAAGUCACUUCCAACCCAAGCCAUUCUAUGAUUCUGUCUUCAUCUGUGUCAACUUCUGUUUCAGACAUGGCGGAUAUGUGAUAAAAGCUUUUUAUGAAAUCAGAUCCAAACUUAAAUAAUUCUUAGUACAUUGGUGUUCUGUGUAUUGAGCAAAGUUGAUGCAAGACUGUCCUGUUAACUGCAGCCAGUGUGCCACUAAGUUUGGAGUGUGCACAUAUUGCAAACAUGAAUCUGCAUGUUCUCAGCAGCCAGGGACAGUGCAUAUAGAGGAUAUCUUCAUACACAUAAAGGUUAUCGGGGCCCAUUCGAAAAAACACCAGCUGAACAGCAUGCAUUUGAUGCUGCCAAUGAAAAGGCUUGCCUAGGAUGUCAUCCCUCAGCUAUACAUAGCAAACUCAAAGCUCCUUACAGAGAAACCUCUUACCAGUCACUUUCCACAAAUGGUGCAUGCACCUAAAAGUACUUAGUCAAAAUCCUUCAGAGGUAUUUAAUGCAAAAGCAGUUAGUCUGUGGUGUUGUUUAGAAGCCUGCACGCACCACCAGCAAGGAGGAAGUGCAGGGCAGCUGUAGCACAGCACUUGGGCUAGUUUCUCAUUUUAUUUCAACCAGGCUCUGCCACCCCAAGAGCUUGUCAAGAUGUGUGACAUGGGGGGGCUUGACAACCUGAUUGCCAACACAGCCUAUCUGCAGGCAAGGAAGAGUGGAGAUGGAGACACAAAGGAGAUGCAAAAGAGACGUAGGAGCCUCUCGCUGCCCAAGGUUGAUCAGUGCAGAGAUGUUAGACAGUCCAUUGUUGCUGAUUAUGACAACAUCUGUGAGCAGCAGCCCAUUGGCAAGAGAUUCUUCAGAGAUUUCUUAGAGACAGUGCCAGAGUAUUUGGUAGCUAAGGACUUCCUGGAUGAGGUGUCAAACUGGGAGUUGGCAGAGGACAAUGUCAAGAGCAGUACCAUGGAGAGUAUGAUCACCAAUUUUCUUAAGACAGGCUCCAAAAACUAUCUGGCUUUCAUGAGCUCUGACUUGGCCAGCAAAUGCCUGGCAGCUACUGCAAAUGACUAUGAGAAUGUUGUGCAGAUGGCCAAGGAGGAAACCAAGCUCUUCCUUAAAGGCAAGCCGUUCCAGGACUUCCAGACCAGCCCCUUCUAUGACAAAUUCCUCCAAUGGAAAGUUUUUGAGAAGCAGCCAGUAACUGAAAAAUACUUCUAUGAGUACCGAGUGCUGGGCAAAGGUGGCUUUGGAGAGGUUUGUGCCAUCCAGGUGAAAAAUACUGGCAAGAUGUAUGCCUGCAAGAAACUGGAUAAGAAGAGGUUGAAAAAGAAAGGUGGAGAGAAGAUGGCAUUACUGGAGAAAGAGAUCCUGGAGAAGGUCAACAGCCCUUUCAUAGUCACACUAGCUUAUGCUUAUGAGAGCAAAAGCCAUCUAUGUCUUGUUAUGAGCCUCAUGAAUGGAGGGGAUUUGAAGUACCACAUCUACAAUGUAGGAGAAAGGGGUUUGGAAAUGAAGAGGGUCAUCUAUUACUCAGCUCAGAUCACUUGCGGGAUUCUACAUCUCCAUUCUAUCAAGAUUGUGUACCGGGACAUGAAACCAGAAAAUGUCCUCCUGGAUGAUAAUGGCAAUUGCAGACUGUCUGAUCUUGGAUUGGCAGUGCAAGUCAAAGAGGGAAAAAGCAUCACUCAGAGGGCUGGGACAAAUGGUUACAUGGCUCCGGAAAUCCUGAAGGAAGAAGAUUACAGCUAUCCUGUGGACUGGUUUGCAAUGGGGUGUAGUAUUUACGAGAUGGUCGCUGGGCGAACACCAUUCAAGGAUUUCAAAGAAAAGGUCGAUAAGGAUGAGAUUAAAAGAAGAACUCUGGAAGAUGAAGUGAAAUUUGAACAUGCCAACUUUACAGAGGAAACGAAAGAUAUUUGCCGGCUGUUUUUGGCUAAGAAAACGGAGAGUCGUUUAGGAAGCAGAAAUGAAGAUGAUGACCCAAGAAAACAUAGUUUCUUCAAAACGAUAAAUUUUCACAGGCUAGAGGCAAACCUUAUUGACCCUCCAUUUGUGCCAGAUCCAUCAGUUGUCUAUGCCAAAGAUGUUACAGACAUUGCUGACUUCUCUGAAAUACGAGGAGUUGAGUUUGAUGACAAAGAUAAGCAGUUCUUCAAAAAGUUUGCAACAGGUGCUGUCCCUGUAGCCUGGCAGGAAGAAAUUAUUGAAACAGGACUGUUUGAAGAACUGAAUGAUCCUAACAGAGUAGAUUCUGGGGGUUACGCAAAUGGAGGCGAAGCUAAGUCAGGAGUUUGUUUGUUGUUGUAAAUACCACAUUGUUAACAAAAAAGAGUAGCACCCACGUCAGAACUUUCCAUGUUCUGGCAUUGUUUCAGAAACUCAGUGCAUCUGUUUAAGAAGAACCAAUCAGUGUAAUAUAACAUUGGCACGCUUUGUAGGACCACCAGCUGUAUAGACUAUAUUAUUUUCCUUUGCUGUAACAAAAAAGAUUGUAUUUUUUGUUUUAUUGGAGAUUUACCAAGAUGAAGCACAAUAUUUCUCCAAGAAACUUAGAAUAAUAGAAAUUCAGGAAUACAAAAAGCAAUCAUAAAGUGAAGAGGCAACACCUUUUGAAAAUUACUGACUACCAUUUUGGAUACAACGAUUUGCUGGUUUUCUUUGUAUUUUCUUGUUAUUUCUACUAACAUUUCCUCUUUCUUCCACAGUUUUCAGAAAAGAUUUUUAAUUUUUGAGUAAUAUUCACAGUUAGACAAUGGAGCUCAUAUACCAUGUCAAAUGUGGAAUCUUACUGGUUAGCCAGACUGUCUGUUGUUUUCUUGAUUUCUGUUAGUUUUUGGAUGAUUUGUUUGUAAUAUGUUCAAAUUGUCAUAAAAUGUAACAGAAGGCUCUACAUAUCACUAGGAAAUAAAACUGACAGGAUCAAACUGUUGAAAGUUGAUUUUAACAGUGACGAUAAGAUUGUACCAAUUUAAUUGAAUAAAGAAUUUAUUUAUUAUUAAGUCUAUUCUUUUAAGUUGUAAUACCAUAUACAAAGAAAAUGUGUUUAUAAGUAAAUACACAUUAUUUUUGACAAUCAAUUUUAAACUUUUAUUAGGUUUCCUGGUAAUUUUUGAUGAUAUUUUCAUCAUAAAUUAAGCUAUAAACAGACAAAAACAAUUUUUAACUGGCUUUUACAAGACAUGUAUUUCAGUGCAAUAUAAAUUUUAAUUCAGUAGUUGCAAAAUGUGUUAAGUGCUGUAGUGGUGGAAAGGUUAUGUGUGCAAAUUGACACUAUCUUUAAAUGUUUAUUGAUUCUUAUGAAAAUGUUGAUGUGUUUUAUUUUUCAAUUUCAUGGCAACCUAAAUUGAGUUAAUUGGAAACAUUUCUGCAAGUACUUGCUGCUGCUGAAGUGUAUUACUCAUAAGAUGCAUCCUGCUGAUUUUCUACGAUAAGAAAAUUGGUGGUAGUUGUUUGCAACAACUUUUAAAACUGAUUCUGCAUGCUGUUUACUGUAGUCUAUGUAGCCAUCAUUUCCAUUGCCCAAAGUGGAAGCUGAAACUGCUCCAAAAGAACACACAUCUGCCCUCCAUUACAGCUUGGUGAGACCAGUUAGUGCUAGUGGCAUCAAAUUUAUGUCCCAAAUUGGUACACCUCAAAUCCAUAGAAAUGCCAUUUUAAGUCCUCCAGAGCCAUAAAGCAUUGCUGUGAAAUAGCUGUACGUUUUCCAGUGUAUAACUGAUUUUCAGUGUAUACAUGUUCCCAUAUGGAAAAAGGUUAUAUAGACAGAAACGGAAUUUAAUGUCAUGUCAGAAUCAUAUAUGCCAUAUGAUACCAGGUUUUGCAAGUCUGGGUUUUUCCAAAUGUAUUGCAAUACUGAGAUCUCUGAUUUCAGGACAUCAUAUGCACAGAACAUUAGGUUAUUUAGUUUUAGAACCCAAAGUCCUGUUGGGAUUUAUUGACACUGUAUAUCAGUGAGAUACUGUAAUGUUAAGUGUUCCAUUAAUCAUUCAGAGAAACACAUCACAAGUCUGAUAAUGCAGUUUGGCACAGUGUAUGACAAAGAAGAAUGUAUUAGUUUGAAAUCAUUUUAAUUUUCAGAAAUUCUCUAUUUCAGAGCAUGGACAACUGCUGUUUGCACUAUGAAGAGAGAGAGCAGAGCAAAGAUUAUGUCUGUAUUUCUGUUAGCAUUUUGAGUGUGUCUCUUAAACAUUCUUUUCAACUUUUAAGGAAUAUGUUCGGUUCAGAAUGGUCGACUUGUUCUUCCUGUCUCUGUAAAGUUCUUUGUUAAAUUUUCAGGAAGAUAUUUUAACAUCCUGCUUCACUUUAACAAAACAAUGCCAGCGAUCCUAAAAGAUGUACGCAUUUGCUGAAUUGUCCUAUUGCAGUAUAUGAUGCUCCUCAAUGUGAGUAAAUUUAAAUAUAUAUGCAAGUGUUCAAGAUCAGAGCCCAAGUGAAAAGUAUUGACCAAGUCAUUAGAUGUUCAUGAUGAAAAAUGAGGGAUGAAGUUGUGGGAGAAUAACCUUGUGGUUGUGGCAUACUUAGUUCUCCUGGCAAAAGAAAAACGUGUAAUUUGAAACUGUUAUUUUUUUCUUCUGGCUGUCUCCUUCUCCUUUGCCAGCUUUGUGGUGUCUCACUUGCCUGCCUCUUUUUCAGGCAGCUAAAAUGCAUUCAAGUGUUAAUGUAAUCUAAAAAACUAAAUUGUGAACUCUAUUGCAUUAAAUGUCAUCUGUGAAACGUUACUGAGUGCCCUGGCCAUUCUGUAGUGAUUGUACUAACAGUGCUGUCUUUCCUACUCUGUUUUACUUAGUACUGCUGUUAGAACUACUUGGUAAUUUUAAUUGUAGAAGGCUGAAAUGUAACAUUCAUAAGGGCUUGAAAUCUGUUCUUACAAGAACACCAUUUAAAGUACCCUAGACAACACUGAAGAAAGGCUGCUGGCACUGAGAGUGUAUGAAAGGAGAAGCUUUCCAAUAUAUCUCGAGUCCAAAUUUUAUUUGAUACCGUCCCUGUUACCCUUACCAAUACCCCUCCAAUUCUAAUGAGCAUAAAGAAACAAAAUGAGGUUUAAUAUUAACCUGGUGAAGUCAUUGUUCACAAAGAUUAUCAGUGGCAAUAAAGCUGUAGCUGUUUUACCUUCACUUGUAUCAUGGCAAAGGCUUAUUUAGUCAAUAAACACCUUGUGUUGCAGCAAUUAGUUUGCUUUUCUAUUCCAGUACAAAAUAGAGAUAGUAAUUAGAACCUGUGUGCAAUUUCCAGGCUAUCAAGUAGCAUCUGUAUGGCAACUUUACAUUAAUUUAAGAGCCUCUUAGCAAACAUAAUACUUGAGACAGUUAUUUCUUCAGCCAUAAACAAAUGAGAAUACAGGAAGCAAAAUAGAACUAGGACAAGAUCUCCAGUUAGAGCAUGUAAUUGCCUGUAAUUGUGCAGUCUAGCUAUAAAGUGAUGUGUGGGUUUAUAUGCUUUUAAUAUCAGCAUUGGUUUUUACUAAUAAAAUGUUCAUAAUACUGUAAUUAAACAUUAUUGCUUUUACAGCUUCUAAUGGUACAUAUGUAACAUUUUUCUGACCUGAACAUCCACAUCUAUGAUUAAGGCAAGUAAGUAUGCUCAUGUCAUUUACCUUAAAAAGUAUAAAUUGCUUCUUUUAGGCUAUGAUAGUAAUUUUUAUCUUUUUAUCAUAAGAUUUUUAAUAACAAAAGAUUUAAAUUCCUUCAAUCUAUUUAUGAAGUAAUGAAAUGCAGAAAAAUAUUUUAUAUGUAGUGUUUUUCUUUACAAUAGGAUUUAAAUUAAGAUCUUAGCAGCUAUGGCUCAUAGCAAUACAGAAGCACUGAAAAUCCUGCCAGUUCUGGGACUUAUCCUAAAAGCCAAGCAAACACAUCAAUUUUGAAAUCUAUGGAUAGCAGAAAUUACUUGCUUUCUGUAGAUGAGACCUGACACUUGUAAUGCUAUGGAUAAGGGUCACCUCUGAUCAUUGUGGCUUAGGGGAGUACAUUUGAAACAUUGCAUUAUGAUAGCCCUAGGGAGUUUUACAGACACAUUAAGGAAUAUAUGGACAGAAGGUGAAAACAAAUGCAAUUAAGCAUACAACUUUUUAUCAGGCACUGCAUUAUUACAGCAAGUAACACAAAUCUAGUAUUUCAUUUUAAAAAGAUUAGUGUUAUAAACCCAUUGUUUGAUAUUUCUCUGACUUCAUUUAUAUAACUGAGCAGAGGUAGUGUAAAAUUCUUACCAGUUAGCCCUCUGCAUGUGCAAAAAUGUGAAUAAAUACUUAGUGUUUAUAAGGGAGUGGAAAUCUUUUAGGCAUCUCUUGCCUGGAGAAGAGGAAGACCAAGAACACAGAGGGGUGUUACUGUGUCUCUUGCAGUGAAAGUAUCUACGCCCAUGGGAAAAUACAGCUGGUGACACCUGUAGGUAGCAUCAUUCACACUGUUCUCUUGAAUUAAUUUCCUUUUUAUGAUGCAGUAUGUUGUUCUUGCAUUCAUUCCACAUCUGUACCCUCCUGUCGCCUCCAGAAGGCUAGCACAAUUCUCAGUGAAGCAACUUUAGCCUUUAGGGAAGCAAUGUUAAUUCUGUAGCUUGGACAGAAAAGUUGCCAUAAAGAAUAGCUGUCAGCACCGUUUUCAGCCAAGAGUUACUCCAAGUGUUGAAAUGCUUUUUCAGGGCGAACAUGGGAAAAAAACCAUGAGUCUCUUUGAAAGGGCUUUGGAUUUGUUAGUUCUGGUUACUUUUCCUCUGACAACUUUGGGGCAGCUUCAGUGGUUAAUUUCUCCCUUUCUUGUUGACCAAGUGCAAGUGCAGUCUGUUUUAGUAGUUAUUUUAUACUGUUUGUGCUCUUUGUCCAUGCUUUUCAAUGUCUGAGCUUUGUCAGUGAACCACUUUCUUCCAAGUGUUUUGUUUUCUGAUUACACCAACAUGGUGCUAUUGCAAUGUGUGGUAGAAUGACUUCUGAAAAAAAGAAAUUUUUUUGUUUUCUUCUGUACACAAUCAUUACUUGAAGCUAAACAUAAGUAAUUAAUUUUGACGUGUGUUUUAUCAGAGUUCUUCUUCACCAAACCUACAUGUUGGUCUAUAUGAUUCAUUCAAGUUGUUCUGACAGUUACAUUUUACAGAGUGGAAAGAUACAGUGAGACUGAAUGAGGCACUGUAUACAUGCCCUUAUGAUGGGAGUUCCUAAUGAUGAAUGUUUCCGUGAUUCAUGUUUUUAUAAAGAAUGCCAAAGGGAUGACUAUGGAUAUCUCAGUUGUCAUAACUUGUAGUUCAGUUAACAAUAGUGGAGUGACUGUUUAAAAAAACAGCUAUUGUACAGGAAUGUUCAGUUAUGUUUGCUUUGCAAGACUUCAUGUAAGCAUGACAUGGGAUGUGCUAGACAUGUCUCGUGACUUGAAUCACUGUGGUAAAAGGUCUGCUGCAAGUAAGAACAGAUUUGUUAAUCAGUCCUGCCUGAAAGCAUUCCUACAGUAAUAUAUACUAGUCUGACUGAACACCUUUUGAACAGCAGUGAAAGCUUUCUUUAAUCUGCAUUGCUAGUCUGCAGUGCCUGCUUACAUGUCAGUCUAUGGAAGUGAAUUGAUGGAAUUACAGAGAGAGAAAUUGUUCCGAUAUCCUGGACUUCUCAGGAGAAUGUAGAGCAGAGCCUAUUGCCAUAGUGGUUGCUUCUGAGGGCUUGAGCUCAUUUCUGACAUCAGCAUGUAAAUCAGAAGUGGCUUUAGUAAUAUGAAAGUGGAGAAAAGUCAUGUUAUAUGAUGCAUUAAGUCAGUUCAGUCAAACAAAAGUUCCUAACGGGAACUUUCUCUCUAGGUCAAAUGACAGUAGAGCUAUUUCUUGAUAUAAAGGGAUGAUCAGAGUGGAACUGGUGAGAAAGUGUCUGCCACAAUAUCAAUCAGGGCGGUUCCUAAAGGAAUCCUGUUUGUGCACUUCCUUGUAUGAAGGAAUUAAAUUUGUAGUAAGAGGGAUGGCCAAUUUUUGUCAUUAUUGGUAACAACAACAUCGUGGUCAUAAAGAGGAAUCACUGGUACCAGUUACCAGUUUAGCCUGUUGCUCUGUAAUAAACUGGAGAGAGACGCCUGAUUUACAAACAAGCCCAAAAGAAUUUUGCUUCUGUUUCCAAAACAUAAUACCAACAGGAUAUCAUGAACAACAGGAGGAAACUGUUGAACUCAUACAGAAGGCCAGUUGACAGAAGAGUAAUCUCAAACAUGGUUUCUGGAAGCUAGCAUCAAACUAAAGAGCUAUCAGAGGACACGUGCAUUAAAAAAAAAUAAGGAAUUGCAUUAAGAAGGAUGAACUCUCUGAGAUUCCAUAGCUGUAUUGCACAACUGCAUCUUUUCAUCCUGUAUAGAGGAAGAAAUUAGAAAGUGUGCUCUGUACUAAAUGGUAAGGAUACUUCAUAUGCUGCUUAAAAUAAUCAGAUAAUGGUAUAUUGUCUGAUACAACCUAGGAGUCAGUAGUUUCUCAUGCUUUCAUCUUAGUAUAAGAUGAAAUUCUCUCCUAAUGAGAAUCCUUCUCUGUUAAAUGAAACAAUGGAUACUGGUUUUCCUGAGUUCCCACCCCUUUCCUCCCCAGGUGAUUUUUCUAAUUUCUUCCGCUCACAUUUUUGCUUCUCUCCCCAUCUUUCUGUGUCAAUGCUAAAUCAAAAUGUUACAUUCUUUUUGAUGUGAAUGAAAAUGUGGUGACAGAUGCUGGAUGAAAAGUCCUGUAACUCAUGAAUUCAUAAUCCACCAUCUACUACACAGCAGAACUAAACCCAAAUACAUACUCUUAUAUUCAGUCCUUCUAAAUACUCUUAUGUUAGUUACACUAGUUCCAGGCAGGGAAAAUAAUACUGGUCCCAGGCAGGGAAAGGAAUAAAGAUGUCUUUAGAAUUUUCCAUAUGCCUUGUGCAGAGAAUAGUGGAUCAAGUGUUUUAAACAAAGGAGGGAAGGAAACUUUGAUUUCUUGCCAAGAGAUUGAAACCUCCUGAUCUCUUACCAAGCUAGUUUAUUUUGUUGCCAACAGUUUCCUCACCUUAAAAAGCUUCUUUUCCUCUGUGAAACUAACAGCAGUGAAAGAAACAGUCUCUGCAGAAUGGCAACAUGGUAAAUAUCUGCUCCACUUAAUAUGAAGACAGAUUCACAUUCAAAUUUAGAUACAGGACCAGAAAACACACACAGUAGCAGGUGCAAGGCUGUCCUCGAAUAGUUCCUGACCAAAUUUUACUUUUUUUUUUCCUAUUAAGUACAUGAAAGUUGCUGUCUUUGGGAAUGUUGAUCUCCUACUGCACAAAAAUUAUUUAACUGCCUUUGCUAUUUAAUAAAUCCUGAUUUUCAGGA